AUGGUAGCGAGCAUCAACGCCCAGCCCAUCGAGGUUUACCUUUACUACGCACGGCAAGAGCGUACACGUGAGAACGCCGACACACGACCAGCGCCGGACGCUCCCUGGUCGAUGAAAGGCCACCACUCGAAAAGCUCGUCAACUGCGACUACUGAUGAAACGUUGACGGAAUCGACGCAGACGUGCAGCAAAUUGGCACCCACUCCUGAGCUGCUCUUAACCGAACCGGAGCGAGAGACCACUUAUCGCCUCCUCAGAGUGGCGAGCUGGCAGGUAGUUUUCUACCUCAUCACAACCGACAUGCUGGGCUGGUUCACAGCAAGCAAAGCUUUCGCUCAGAUUGGAUACGGCCCAGGCGCUCUGGUCUACACGUGCUUCUUUAUCUUCGCCUUCGCUGGCGGGCAGAUGUUGUGGCGUGUGUACAUGAACGUGGACUCGGAAGAGUUUCCCGUGCGCUCCUAUGCCGACCUCGGGGAACGAACAUACGGACCACCAGGCAAGUUUCUGCUCAACACUCUGCAGGCGCUGCAGCUUCUCUUCAACGUGGGAAUGUUCAUCGUCAUGCAAGGCCAGGCACUCGCGCAGAUCAUCGACUUCAAGUUCUGCUACAUUGCUCUUAACGUCUUCUUUGCGCUCGCUGGAAUGCUCAUUACCCAAAUCCGUACGAUUAGGAAUAUGGCAUGGCUUUCGAACAUCAACGUCUUCGUCAACCUCUCCAUCAUGUUCGUGACGGCCAUAGGCAUCGCCCUGUACGACCCUGUGCCAGGACAAAGCGGGCACGUCGACCUCUCGGAGCCAAUCAGGCUGCAUGGCUGGUUGCCUCCUGGCACGGAUUGGCAUACACAGGUGGCUGCGUGCCAGCUAGCUGUCUUCAGCUAUGGUGGCGCAAUGAUUUUCGUCGAGUUUAUCGCAGAGAUGCGCCGUCCCGCCGACUUUUGGAAGGCUGCGCUCUGCGCUCAAUUCCUCUGCUACGCCACCUACAUGUUCUUUGGCAUUUUCGGUUACUCGAUGCAAGGGCAGUACUCUGCGAUCCUGCCGACCGUCAAUAUGGCCAACAUCGCAUUCCAAGCCGUGACCAACAUUAUCGGCAUGUUCUGCGUGUUCGCCAUUGUCUCGCUCUACGCGCACGUCGGAUGCAAGCUGGUCUAUCGUGUGGUGUUGAGAGGAUAUUUCCGCGCACCAUCCCUUACCUCGCGGAAAGGUGGGGUGUACUGGGCUCUCACAGUCCUGGUGUACUACUGCGCCGCCUGGGCACUCGGUUCCGCCAUACCGAACAUCAACGAUAUCAACGUCAUUGUGGGCGCCGUUUGCGCUCUGCAGUUCACUUUCACCUUUCCACCUCUCCUUCUCCUCGGACACUGGAUGCAGGUGGACGCCGCAGCAGGGGACGUCCCAUGGGAGCCAGGGAUGGAACCGUAUUCCAAUCGUAUCGACGCGUGGGGGAACUGGAGCCGGUGGAAGCGCGGCAUGGCGCGCUGGUGGUUUUUCAAACUCCUCCUUCUACUCCAAUUCCUUGGAUCUCUCACUCUAGCUGGCCUCGGGAUCUACUCAGGCGUCAGAACUGCGAAGCAAUCGUAUCGCCUCGGCGCCACCACAGCAUACUCCUGCCGCGCACCAGGUCAGCCUAUUCACAGAUAGACCUCAACACAGCAAAUGAUGGUCACGUAACUGAUAAAUCAGUAGACAAUAUGUAGAAUAUGAUAAAAGGGCUGUACCGGGCUGCCUCGCUCGCAGUUUGCCUGUUAGAGAACUCUGACCUGUAUGCUGUCGCGGAUAUCACUCUCUAUCUUUCGCUUUCUCUUCCACGAGUCAACCAUGCGAGUGAGCCGAUCCACGUCUCGCACCCGUUCCGCACGGGCCGCGUGCGCACGAGCCACGCGCACACUCAUUCGUUCGACUUGAGUGCUACGACACCUGAGGUAGGACGAGGAGUAGCACAAAGGAGUCACACACCGUCUUAGAUGAAGAAGUUGGAGUUAAAAGGUAAUAUGAGCUCAGCGGGACUCUCAAAACCCUAUCACACUCACGACCAAUUCAGCUCAUGGCUGAUGUAGCCAGUAGUGAUCUCACACGCGUUGCCGG